UUCCACCCACUGAAAGUUGAAUUUAUCAUCAUUUGCUUUGUUUUAACACACAGUUGAGCAGUAAACUUUCAGUGUGCAUGCCAUGACAUGUUUUUGUUUACUUAUCGAGUCGGAGCGAUAUUGAUGCGAGUUUUGUAAAUUUUUGCUGCUACAUGAAACUGAAUCAACUGAAAGAGUAAUCAUAAUCACGUAUAAAUCAAAUUGUUAUUCUGUUCCGAGUACUUGAGUUAGGUGAGCGAAAUGAAGGAGCUUAACCGAAUGAGGGAGGAAGAAUUCACUUUAAUAAAGGUAGAAGAACUUAUAAUAUCCGAUGUUGUUGCUACGGAGAAUGAAACUUCGCUCGCCAACAGCGGUCGGUGCUUCGAAGAACCGACUGUUACGAACGGCUUGAGGAAACAAUCUAUUGAUGUGAAGCAAGAAUCUGUGGCGGACAUCACCGAUGAAGAUGAAACUAAGGCAGCUUGUGAUGAAAUUGCAGCUUCUAGCUCCAGCCACUCGAACGACUCUGCCGAUGUUGGUGAUCAAUCACGGGAAAAGUACGUUUGUGAAUUUUGCAACAAAAAGUUAGGCACAAAGUCCAGCUUGGUGGACCAUAGAAGAACUCACACCGGGGAACGACCUUUUGCGUGUGUUAUCUGCAACGAAACAUUCAGCACAGCUCAACGUCUGCGGUACCAUAAGAGUACUCAUACGAGCGACCGGAAGUUCAAGUGUGACAUAUGUGCGCAACGAUUCCUACUUAAAUCACGUCUUGCAUGGCACAUGAAGAUACACCGCUCAGAUUACCCUCAGAAGUGCUUGAUUUGCGAUGAAAGAUUUAAAUAUCCCGAACAUCUCGCAAGCCAUAUGGUUCGUCACAGCAAUGAGCGACCCUUCAAAUGCGAUAUUUGUGACAAAUCUUAUAAAAGAUCUAAAGCUUUAAAAGGCCAUACCUGCAAAUCAUACGAUCCCUCCACGGUGAAAGAUAAAUGGCGGAAAAGGAAGAAUUCCAACUCGAAAGGUUCGAAAAAGCGCAAAACCGGUGUUGGUGAUCAACCAACAAAAAAGUAUGUUUGUGAAAUCUGCGGCAAGGAAUAUGGGUCUAAAUACAUUUUAGAGGGUCAUAGAAGAAUACACACCGGGGAACGACCCUUUGCGUGUGAUCUUUGCAACAAUACAUUCCGCACAGCUGAACGUUUACACUACCAUAAGCAAGCCCACACUACAGACAGGGAUUUUGAGUGUGACAUAUGCAAGCGACGUUUCAGCAUGAAAGCAAUUCUAUCAUCCCACAUGAAUAUUCAUCGCACAGAUUACCGUUAUAAAUGUCUGAUUUGCGAUAAAACAUUCGUAUAUAAUUACCAACUACUAUAUCAUAUGCGCAGUCACAGCAAUGAGCGACCCUUUCAAUGCGACAUCUGUGACGCAUCGUUUAAGAGACGUUAUGUCCUAAAAGAGCAUAUGAAGAUGCACAAAGUCGAACCAUUUCUAUCAAGCAACGUAGAAGCUUUGGAACCGAAUCAAGCUUAUGUCAGGCAAUGCAACAGAUCAAAGAAAUAUACCUGCGAUAUAUGUGGCAAGCAGUACAAACAAAUGAUAGCUCUUGACCUACACCUGAAACUUCAUCAGAGCAACACAAAACAACAUGAGUGCACGAUUUGUGGAAAAACAAAUUCGAAAAGAGCAUUGCUGAAAAGGCACAUGCUAAGUCACACGGAAGAACGACCUUUCAAUUGUGACAUUUGCGGCUCAUCUUAUAAGUCAGCUAAUGCUGUUGAAGUCCAUAAGAAAACGCACACCGCCGCGAGACCAUAUGAAUGCGAAAUUUGCGGAAAAGGGUUUGCUACUCGUUACAAGCUAAAGCGGCACUUGUUUUGUCAUACUAAUGAACGACCUUUCAAAUGCCAUAUUUGCGGUCUAGCACUGAGGUCAGAAUAUAAUCGAAGAAAUCAUGAACGAAAGCAUAAUUCCAAUCGUGGAAGCUUCACAUCCGAGACAAACCUCGUGACGCAUGAUAGUGCGUCUGAAGAACAACUUUUCGGUUGUGAUAUCUGCAGUUCAUCGUAUAAAACAGCGAGGAAUUUGAGUAAACAUAUGGAGAAGCACACCUCCGAGGGCAUGUAUAAAUGCGAAAUUUGCGACAAAACAUUUCCAUAUUCUUACAAACUAACGCUGCACAUGGUUAGCCAUACUAAUGAACGACCGUUUCAAUGCAAUAGAUGCGGCUUAUCAUUCAAGUCGAAUUCUAAUCUACGAGGUCAUGAAAAAAAGGUACAAUGUACGAGUAAACGGAAAAGCACCUAAGGGGAAAAUUAAUCACAGAUUCGUUACUGUUAUCAACUAUACACAUUAAGCAUAGUUUACAGUUCCAAGCGAAGUGAAAAAUUUGACUACUGAAAAAGCGUAAAUCUCGCUAGUAAAAUCUGUCGUGAAAACUCGGUUCACCUAAUUUUGGCCUGGAGCCGCAGCAUAAUAGUUAAUAAAGUUAAGUUUUCUCUUUUGAAAAUUCAUUUUAAUCAUGACCCAGGUAGGGUUAUUGUUUUCGGUAGCCUCAGCAUUGGUUGGCAAAUGGCUUAACACGUGUAACUUGAGACCCUAAUGCGGCCAUUCACCUCUGUCCAGCAACUCCUAUCCCAACCUCCACGUGGUGCCGACCAGAGUACGAGUAACCUUAGCGGAGAUCGGGUAACUAACCCC